AUGGCCCCAGCAUCGCUUCAAAUGUACCAAGAUGCACAGAGCCAGAUUCGACAACUCCAGGCUGAGCUCCAGGCCCAGCGCAUUAAUUCCGAGAACGAGAAGAGGGCAGAGAAGCCCUUGCGCCCGUUCUACAAGGAAGUCCUGGAGAAAAAGAAUCCCGAUGAGUGGCUUCAGACCUUUUUCGAGACGGUAAAUCUGCUCCCGGACAAGGACGCAAACGGAUAUGUGUCCCCACAGGAGAUGAUCGAAGCCACCAAGGGCGAGAAGGAAGAGGACCUUGUCGUCUUCUUCCGCUACUCCGACACAAACUCUGACGUUAGGAUCUCUUUCGCGGAGUGGGUGAUCGUGGGCUUUGUGUGUGCGGAGCAGGAGACCGAGUACAGCCGCGCAGAAAAGAAUUGA